AUGCAGAUCUCCACCAACGUCCGCACGCUGUGCUCGCGAGUCCAUACUCUCAUCCGGCAACGACGCCACAAAGAGAAACGCUCGAUGCAAAUUUCCGCGCCCUUCAAUCUCAAGCGUGAGCCCGUCCUGCUGCCGGGCAUCUCCGAAGACGAGAUCGCCAUGCUUCGCGACAAGGCCGCAGCCAGCCGCAUUGGCAUCGCAGACCCCGCCUCGCCCUCGUCGCUCGCGCCUCGAUCGCCAUACUCAACGUCCAGCCUCUUCUCGCACCCGGUGCGCCCGCCGCCCAUGUCGGUCCUGACAGCGCAUGCGACCACGUCGACGGAUAGCCUACCGUGA